CAAAUCAAUUUAGAUUAAAUUUUAUGUACAGAAUUCAGAUUCAGUAGGUAUAAGACAAAUCAAAUAUCCAUUAUUCACUAUUUGGACAACCGAUGACCUUGUACAGAGAGAUAACAAUUAAGAGUUUAACGUUUCAUCACACCACCACCACCUCUAUCUCAGUAAUUCCAGGUGUUAAUUCUCAGGAGUCACCAAACUGUCACACAAUAAGGCCACACAUUACAAAUUUUGGUUUAAAUCUUGGAGCAUGAACUAUAAACCUAUUACUUCGCUACAGAUUGCCAAACAGACACAACGAAGAACAUUCUCCGUUUUAGAUAGUGUAAAUGGAAUGCCAUGAAGAUAAAGGAUUCAUUUACAGUGGGAUCUUUUAUCUUAUUUAUCAAAAAGGUUCUUGUAUAUUUCCAGUCACAUUAUCCAUUUCUUCAGCUUCCCUCCUCCCCCCAUUCUAUUGCCCUACCAUUUAAAACAAACAGCAAGGAAUAAACCUGUGGCCAUUAAACAUGUAAAAGAUGGUCAUCCCUACUUCAUGCAAUGCAAAAUUAAGGACUGAAGUUUAAACUUCAGUUAUUUUGAAAGUAAAUCAAUACUUUUAGUGGCUUAUCAAAUACAACAACACACCACAUAAGAUAAACUAGCUCAAGAGAGGUGUUUCCUAUAUAAGACAUGCCGAUUACCGAGAAGGGGACAGAUUAAUUUGUGUGCAGGGACCAUGUCGCUGCAACGGGUUAUUACGGUAGCUGUGCUGACAGUCACAAUCUGUGUGGCAAUAAAUGCCACUUCGUUAACAGAAAGACAGAUGAGAGACGAGGUGUUACAUGGCUUCAGACAAUUUGAUAUAACUGGGAAAUUCACACCGCAGCUCUCUGCGAUAAUGAAACAAAUCCCUCUGUCAUCUGCCUUCGGUACAGAACCAUUCAAACCAUCGACCGAAACGCGUGACAGUGUCAUCUGUAUGGGAUGUACUGCAGCAGUUGAUGUUAUGAAAGAAUAUAUAGCAAGUCAUACAAGAGAUGAAGUUUUCAACGUUGUGCAUACAAUGUGUAUUGAAUUUACACAAUAUAGUACAGAAGUUUGUGCUGGAUCUAUUGGAUUACACUUGGACUCAAUAAUCUACAUAGUUGAGAACACAGAAGACCUCCCUGCUGCCCGAGUCUGUGGAAUCGUAUUUCAAGGAAACGGUUGUUCGAGAGACGAGCCUAGUCUUGAAUGGUCUAUUGAGAUUGGGCCAAAACCAGAAGCCAACAAAAUUGAUAACAAAAAAGCAGACGUAAAAGAUGCUGAUUCUCUUACUGUCAUACAUAUGACAGAUAUCCACCACGAUCCAAUAUAUUUAGUAGGUGGGAAUACAGCAUGUGGACAACCGAUGUGCUGCAGAAGCGUUCAAGGCAGUCCGCCAAAUGAGGAGGCAGCAGCUGGUUACUGGGGUGAUAACAGAGGCUGUGACAUACCACUGCAUCAUUUUGUAGCUACACUGCAGCAAGUUAAGGCAGCCCAUCAGAACAUUGAUUUUAUCUACAUAACUGGAGAUUUUGUGGACCACGCAGUAUGGGAUUCAAGUGUUCAAACAAAUAUUGGUGUAAUAACAAAUAUUACAAAUCAACUGAAAAAUCACUUACCAAACACAAUUGUGUAUCCAGUUCUUGGAAAUCAUGAACCAAGUCCAUUAAAUGUGUUUGCACCACAUUACAUUACCGAUGAGAAAGUUUCCACAAAAUGGUUAUAUGAAUUGAUAGCAGACCUGUGGUCUGUUUGGUUGCCACCAGACGCCAGAGAAACUAUUCUACGAGGAGGAUUCUACACUGCAGUGGCAAAACCUGGUUUCCGAAUUAUAGGUCUUAACAACAACGUCUGUACAACUGAAAACUGGUGGAUGAAUCACAACCCAAAAGACCAAGAUGGGCAGCUACAAUGGUUGGCGGACACACUGCUACAAGCUGAGGAAGAUGGAGAAAAGGUUCACAUUCUUGGUCACAUCCCUUCAGAUCGUUGUAUGAGGACUUGGAGCAGAGAAUUUCACAGGAUCAUUGACAGAUUUGAAAAUACAGUAACGGCCAUAUUCAACGGACACUCUCAUGGUGAUCACUUUAACAUCUAUUAUUCCACUGAUGAACCAACUCAUGCUAUUGGAGUUGCAUUCAAUGGUGGAAGCCUCGUCCCAAACUCUAACACUAAUUACAAGACCUACAGCGUGGAUUCAACAACUUUCAAUGUUCUGAACAGUGAAUCUUGGACCUUCGAUAUGGUCGAAGCUAACAAAUAUCCCUAUGUGAACCCAAACUGGAAUCAACUAUAUUCAUUCCAAGAUGUGUUUGGAGUGGAGUCUCAGACUGCUACAGAAAUGGAAAAACUGACCCAUAAAUUGGCUGUUAACAGAAGCCUUCUACACAAAUACUCAAGGUUUACCAGCAGAGGUAGUGGAUGUGCUGAAAAUGAUAACUGGUGUCUGAGAAACAAACUCUGUUCUACAACAACGUCCCUAACAGGAGAAAUGACUCAAUGCCAUAUACUGGAAGCAGAAUUUGAUGCUGCUAAUUGAGGCGGCAACAUUCAUAUUUGAAGUCAUCAACAAAUUCCAGUUGCAUGAUAACGUAUCCCAAAUAUCACUUAGAAAUUAGCAUAAUGGAGAUAACCAGGUUCCUGUUUCAAGAUAAGCUUUAAGUUACUUAUUUCUAAAAAAUUGUUCUUCCUUGUGGAACUAUCACGGUAAGCAAGCUUUACAUAAAAAUAAACAAAUCUAACACUGAAAAAUAUUAUAAUUAUCGAUAAAAUUCAUCCUUAUUCACGUCACAUUCAUUACGUUAACCAGAAAUUGAUAGUUAAACAGUUUAAGAAGUAAAGUUACAAGAAAUCUUCUAAUUAAAUUGAUCAUGAAGAUGUCCGUCUUCUGGGUUAUUGCGCUGUGUAGUCUGGUCGAUGUUAACCAAUCGCCCUGAUGACGGAGGCAGUAUGACCUCUGAAACGUUGGUUAACAUCGACCAGACUACACAGCGCAAUAACCCAGAAGACGGACAUCUUCAUACUCACCGCUGUGAGAACCUCAAGUCUUACAUAAAUUAAUCAUAUUUACAGUUUAGAUGGGAUAAUCAACUAUUCCAUCAGUACAAGGUUGCAAAUAGUUUAAGAAUAGCCAAUAGUGUGGUGCAAAAUCACAAAAAUGCUGUUUACAUCUGCGACAUCUGGCCCCACUAUAUGUUGUUUCAUCACCCCUCCACCUCCCACUUUUACUUCCUACCUAGGCACAGUACACGUGACUGGUGCACGCUUCAGCCGCAAAUUCUGCUGAAAACUUAUAAUAAACCAAAUGUACCCACAAAUAUAUUAACAUUUUCUGGCAUAUAAAAUACUGUAAGAACAUUGUUCAUAAAAUGGUAACAACAGAAAAAUAAAACAAUAGUAAUUUAAAUA